UGGGCAAUGAUCGAAGCAGAGGCUAAAUGGUUCCACGUGGGGCCACUACAUUCGAUAACGUCAGCCAUGACAUAACAAACGAAAUGGUUCUUGCCUUAUUGGCCUCAUCAUUCUCACAUUUUGUAACAUGUCUCCCCUCUCUAUUAAACCCAAUAUUCAAGGAAUUCAAGUUGGUCCGAUCAUGCACACACUACUAGCUUGUAAUGGACGGACUCUAUUGACAUUUACUAGAUAAAAUAAAUAAAUAUAUAUAUGGUUUAAUUCUGAAAGGAGCUAAAAAUUAUCGCAUAUGUGUUUUGUUUGUCCAUUAAAAUAGUGAAUCUAACAUGUAACUUCAUGCUUAAAAAUAUAAACGAAUAAACAGAACUUAUUACUCUCGUAUUUUUUUUAUCAUUGUUUUAUAACAGUUUAUCUUUUCUCGCAGCAAAACAACAACACAGAUUGAGACUUAAGAGAGUGGAUGUGAUAUAUAUCAUUGACACAAAAGAACCUUUUAUUAUAAAAAAAAAGAAAAAACUAGAAAAGAGCAGAAAUUUUAAAUAAAACAAAAAGACAAUGAAGAAGACUUGGGACUAUAUAUACAUGGACCACAACCACGUCCAUUACAUAUUAUCAGUCACAAAAUCAGCUGUCAUAAGCAAAAAAAAAAAAACAAUGGAAGAGUCGAGAUCGUACAGAAGGGAGAGGAAGCAGGCGAAGAAGAAGAAAACGGGCCGUGGAUCAGGUUCUGGAUUCGGGUCAAUCCAGAUGGAAAUGAGGAGGCUCCGAGUUCUAAUACCGGGCGGGCGAAGGUUGAACCAACCCGAUCUGCUUCUAUCAAAGACUACUGAUUACGUUGUGCAUUUGGAGUUGAGGAUUAGGUUUCUCAAAACCCUACUCUCAAAACUGAUAGUUUAGUUUGUUUGCUAGUUUUCUUAUUCUUCAUCUUCUUCAUUUUUUGUUAUUCUAAAAUAAAAUUUCCUUUUUAUAUUUGUAUGUUUUUCACAAACUAUUUGCGUUUGAAAUUUGUUACUUCGCAACUCAUGGAAUUUGUUUUUCCAUGAUUUAGAUGAAAUUUAUUAGUUGGGCUUCUAGUAGCAGAUGUUAUCGUAAUUGAGUCCUUAUGGCCCAUGAAUAUGUCUUGCAGCUUUUCUAAAAAGUGGUAAUGACAGGCUUUUUCUUUAUUUUACCAA